AUGUCUCAACCAAACGAUAGGGAUACAAAGAUAUAUGUGGCAGGUUUGCCUUGGAUCACAAGAACCGAAGGUCUCAGAAGUUACUUCGAACAAUUUGGAGAAAUUAUCAAUGCUAAUGUGGUUUGUGAUAGAGCAACAAGACGAUCAAGAGGUUUUGGUUUCGUUACGUUUAGAGAAGCUGAAUCUGCAAGGAGAGCUUGCGAGAAUCCAAAUCCGAAAAUAGACGGACGAGUGGCCAGUUGCAAACUUGCUUUUAUUGGUGCUAGGGUUCACAAUAACCAAUCAAACCAAAACGGUUUAGCCACAAUUUUCUCCAAUUCGAUUAACUUAUAUUCGUAG